AGUAUCUAGAAUAUAUAAAGAACUCUCCUCUCCAUAUUCAGCAGUUGAAAAAAAAUCCAGUGAGAAAAUGGGCAAAAGACACAAACAGAUAUUUCACCAAAGAGGAUUUGCAGAUGACCAGUAAGCAUGUGAAAAAUUGUUAAAUCUCAUUAGCUAUUAGGGAAAUGAAAAUUAAAACCACAAAAAGGGAUCACUAUAUACUUGUGAGAAUAGCUAUAAGAAAAAAAUAGCAACACCACCAAAUGCUAAUGAGCAUGUGAAGAAACUGGAUCACCCAUACAUUGCUUGUGGGAAUGGAAAAUGGUAUAGCCACUCUGGAAAAGGUUUGGCAGUUUCUUGUAAAACUAAAUAUGCACUUAGCAUAUGACCCAGCAAUUACAGUCUUGGGCAUUUUAUCCCGGAGAAAUGAAAUAUCUGUCUAUCUUCACAUAAAGACUUGUACAUGAAUGUUCAUAGCAGUUCUAUUGGUAAAAACUAAAAACUGGAAACAACCCAGAUGGCCUUCAACGAGUGAGUGAGUAAACAAACUAGCACAAUCCAUACUAUGGAAUACUAUGUAGCAAUACAAAGGAACAAACUGGGAUUGAUUUCAAGGGAAUUAUGCUGAGUGAAAAAAGCCAAUCUCAAAAGCAAUCUGAAUUACAUGCUAUAUAAUGUAUAUGCUAUAUAUUUCCAUUUACAUAACUUUCUUGAAAUUAACUGAUAAAAAUGGGGAACAGAUUGGUGGUUGCCAGGGGUUAGAGAUAGUGGUUGGUCUGGCUAUAAAGGAUAUAUGAAGUUGCUUUGUGGCGAUGGAACCCUUCUGUAACUGGUGGUGAUUGUACAGAUCUACACAUGAUAAAAUUUCAUAGAACUAGACACACACACACAAAUGAGUGCAUGUGAAACUCAUGAAAUCUAAAACUCUGUCAUCUGUACCCAUGUCAGUUCCCUGGUUUUGAUAUUGUACUGUAUAGGUAAGCAAGAUGUUAUUAUUGGGGGAAAUUACCCAGGUAAAGGGUACAUGGGACCUCCCAUUUUUUCCCCAACUCUUGUGAAUCUGUAAUUAUUUCUAAAUAAAAAGUUAAAAACAUAUAUGUUAUUCAUUGCAUGGAAGGGAAGUAUCCCAGUGUGGGUGUUCCUGUGAUGUCUGUGGUGGUUUUAUUUUUGUACCAAAAAUGCCUUACUAUAGGCUGGGUUUGACGGUUCAGUUGAUAUGACAAACACCAAAUUUUUGUAGUGUUCAAAUGCAUGCUAACAAAAUGUUAUUCUUACAGUGCAUUUUUAGAAGUAAAAACAAUUUAAAACCAGGUAAACAGCCAAAAGAAAAAAUGUCCUCCUUCCACUGAAGUAAAAGCAUUUAGCCUUCACCAUGUUAAAAGUAUGUACUUCUAUUUAUUUUAGAGCAGUAGUUCUUAACUUUUUCUGAUUCAUAAUGUGAUGCCUGUAGGUCUACUAAAGGCUACCGGCACAUCUUAGAAUUGAUGCACAUGGAACAUCUUUAAUUAUUCCUUACUUUGACCUAACAUUGCACGUGAAGAGUGUCUCAAAAUCCAGUGUGAAUGUAAAAAUACCACUCUGGUCUAUCUGAAAAGAAUUGUAUUUCUUUAUGAAAAAGUAAAUUAGUAAAACAUGAUAAGUUGAGACAUUCUUGGCUAUUAAUUUAUUUGCUUCUUAGGCUUUGUAUACUAUGCCAGCUUUUGGAAAUCUUAGCAUAUUUAAGCCAAGAGUUAUUAAACUAGAAGCCACAUUUAAUGUACUUAAGGCAGUUGUUCUUAGCUCAACUCUAGUCUCUGUAAUGAAAUGCCUCCUCAUUAUAUUCUUUCCUAUAAAAGAUCCUUUUAGAGGAUUUAGGACAUGGGUGGCCACCCAAAAAACAUGCUGUAGUUGUAGCAUGAUAUCUAUAAUACAUGAAAAUAUUUAAAUAUUUUCUCUGAAAAAUUUUAAAAGGAUCACACUGUAUAGAUAAUAUAUAACCUAAGCUGUAAUCUUCUGUGAUAGAACUUUGAAAUACUCCAAAAAGACAUAAACUAAUAAGAAAUUUUCUCUUUAGUUUAUGUAAAUCUCCUAUUUUAGGUUAAACCAUGAAAUCCUUAAUUUUAUUUCAGAUUUGAAUGACCUCUCUAGAGAAGCUGAUAAUGUACUUGCUUUUACAUUCCUUCCAAAGUUGCACCACAUCUGAGUGUAUAGUUUCAUUUUCUAUCCCUAAGUCAUCAUUUAUUAGAGAUUGAUGUCUUGGUUAUGUUUCAGUAUUUACAAAUUUCAACCUUCUCCAAGAGUCAGCAUUUGGUUAACUUUUAUAUCAUUUACUCUUACUUACUCUCUCUGCCAUUUGAACAUUUGAACACUGACAAGUUUUAGAUUAGAAAACAUUAAGCUUGCCUGUCAGAGUCCACGUGUCACAGGGUUUUGACCCUGUGUGUAGAGUUAGGGUUAUCCAUUUUAAAGGGAUGAUUUGUGCUUCUUCUUUGGCAGAGAGGAGGUUUGGUCUGCUUUAAAAUAGUACUUUGAUUUGUUUUAUUAAAGAGGUAAAUAAAAGCUUGCCUGAAUAUGGGUGCCCAGAAUGAACAGCAAAGUCGGCCUUCAGUCAGGCACAUGUAACCCUCUCGGCACUUCCUCUUGUGGAGAGAACGCAGAAUGUUUUCUGUUUAUUUGGUUCUGUGGCUGUGGUCUGAGAGGGACAGCUAACGAUCAUGGCCUCGUUUUCUUUCCUGCCUCUUGCUGGGUGCUGGAGGAAGAGUAUCCGAGGUUCUCUCUUUUCUUUGGAAAUUAGUCCUCGGGGGAAUUUCUGAAAUGUUGGCCACCGUGAGAAAACUGGGAGGAAGGGCAGGCCCUUGACCUUUGCUCAUGUGUCUCUCAUACAUGUUGUUUUCAAUUGAAUUUAACCUUGAGAAUGUUAGUUGAUUGCAUUUAGGUUAACUUCUAACAUAGGGAUAUUUCUCUUUUUUAAAUGUUAAAAGGAAACAAAUCACAGUCCUGAUGGUUUUUGAUAACUGGUAAAUUUCUUGGAACUUAAGAAGGACUUUACAAACCACCCAAAACAUUAACUUCUAAUACAAAAAUACAUUCAGAAUUUUAUUUUUAAAAACUAAAUCUACUUAUCUUCACUUUAGGUGGAAGCAUAGGAGACCUUUAAGGAGUUAAAAACAUCAAAUCUGCUUGGGUAUUUUUGUAAGGAGAAAGAUAUAUGGAGUCUGGGAGUGAUCCUUUUCAUGUUGGUGUGUGGGCAGCCACCCUUUCAAGAAGCCAAUGACAGUGAAACAUUGACAAUGAUCAUGGAUUGCAAAUAUACAGUACCGUCCCACGUGUCUAAAGAGUGUAAAGACCUUAUCACACGGAUGCUACAGAGAGAUCCCAAGAAAAGGGCCUCUUUAGAAGAGAUUGAAAACCAUCCUUGGCUUCAGGGAGUGGACCCUUCACCGGCCACAAAGUAUAACAUCCCCCUUGUGUCAUACAAAAAUCUCUCGGAAGAGGAGCACAACAGCAUCAUUCAGCGCAUGGUGCUUGGGGACAUAGCUGAUCGAGACGCCAUUGUUGAAGCCCUGGAAACCAAUAGGUAUAACCACAUCACAGCCACUUACUUCUUGCUUGCUGAAAGGAUCCUGAGAGAAAAGCAAGAGAAAGAAAUACAGACCAGAUCUGCAAGCCCUAGUAAUAUCAAGGCCCAGUUUAGGCAGUCAUGGCCAACCAAAAUCGAUGUACCCCAGGACCUUGAGGAUGACCUCACAGCCACUCCUCUGUCCCAUGCGACUGUCCCUCAGUCUCCUGCUCGUGCUGCUGACAACGUCCUCAAUGGCCACAGGAGCAAAGGCCUGUGUGACUCAGCGAAGAAGGAUGACCUCCCUGAGUUGGCCGGACCAGCACUGUCCACGGUUCCUCCCGCAGGCUUGAAACCCACAGGCGGUGGGCGGAAAUGUCUGUUCAGGGUGGAAGAAGAUGAAGAGGAAGAUGAGGAGGACAAGAAACCCAUGUCCCUCUCAACACAAGUGGUUUUGCGCCGGAAGCCAUCUGUGACCAACCGCUUGACAUCUAGGAAGAGUGCUCCUGUUCUCAACCAGAUCUUUGAGGAAGGGGAAUCUGAUGAUGAGUUUGACAUGGAUGAGAAUCUGCCUCCCAAGCUGAGCAGGUUAAAAAUGAACAUUGCUUCCCCAGGUACAGUUCACAAACGCUACCACCGGAGGAAAAGUCAGGGCCGGGGCUCCAGCUGCAGUAGUUCAGAGACCAGUGAUGAUGACUCAGAAAGCCGGCGGCGGCUUGAUAAAGACAGUGGGUUUACCUACUCUUGGCAUCGCCGGGAUAGCAGCGAGGGGCCCCCUGGCAGUGAGGGGGAUGGUGGGGGCCAGAGCAAGCCAAGCAACAGCAGCGGAGGGGCGGACAAGGCAAGUCCCAGCGAGAACAACGCCGGUGGGGGCAGCCCCGCCAGUGGCUCCGGCGGCAACCCCAGCAACACGUCGGGUACCACGCGCCGCUGCACUGGCCCCGUCAACUCCAUGCAGCUGGCCUCUCGCAGUGCUGGGGAGCUUGUUGAGAGCCUCAAACUCAUGGGCCUCUGCCUUGGCUCCCAGCUGCAUGGGAGUACCAAGUACAUUAUUGAUCCACCUAAUGGCUUGUCGUUUUCCAGUGUGAAAGUCCAAGAGAAGUCUACGUGGAAAAUGUGCAUCAGCUCCACAGGGAAUGCAGGGCAGGCCCCUGCAAUGGGCAGCAUAAAGUUUUUCUCUGACCGGAUGUCAGACACCACCACCGACUUGGAACGGAUAAAGAGCAAGAACCUGAAAAAUAACGUGCUACAGCUACCUCUGUGUGAAAAGACCAUCUCUGUGAACAUCCAGCGGAACCCUAAGGAGGGGCUGCUGUGCGCCUCCAGCCAGGCCAGUUGCUGCCACGUCAUUUGACUGGCCCAGCUUGGCCACUAGCACGCCUCCUGCUCAGAGCUGUGAAGACCGGCUCACUUCACUGUUCCCUCUUCUGUUUUACUUUUUUUAAAAAGUGGGCGUUAGGAGCAAUUAUUUAUUACUUUUUUAUUUGUUCGCCUGACGAUGUGACAAUGCAUGGUCUUUGCAUGCUGCUAGACAAUUCUUUUCCAGCCAAAAAGUCUAUUGUGUAAUUUUUACUUUUAUAAUUUUAAUGUGGAUGAUCAGGAUUAAAUUAAAAUGUAUAUUUGGAACCUAAUAUAAAUGGAGCACUUAGAAAUUUGAUGUUUCUGCACUUAACCUAGAAAGAGAAAAAAUGCUUUUGUUUCCUUGUGAGAAAUCUAAAUUCCUGUCCUGACCUUCUGAGAGAGGGAAACUCCAUGCUCUGAGGCACCCUCUGUGAUGUCUGAGACAGAACCAAAGCAAUAACGUCGCAACGCUGGCAGGCCUGGGUGAGGGGUGAGCACCUGGGCACCCGCUCAGCCUGCUAGGGCCUGUGCAGAGCAGAGUGCAGCGAGCGUCUGCACCGAGAACCUGAAACCAUGCUUUGAACAUACCCACACCUGUUUGUCUUAAGCUAUAGUGUGGAAAAAAAAAAAAAAAAAAGCCUGGUCUCUGAAAAUUUAACUGAAAAAGAUUCUCUUGUUUUUGUAGUAGGUGAGAUAAAGUACUUAGAUUUAUAAGGCAGCUUCCCCAGUAGUGAUAACUUAAUUACAAGCAGACAAUCUUAUUUUGUUAUGUGAAGUGAAUCGAUGAUGUCUUUACUUAUAGAGAGUAUGUCUGUCUAACAGAACAAAAAGAUGCUCUGUGUAAAUUCCUUCCCUUAGGGCACACCCCAGGGUUUCCUUUAAAACCAUGUAGAUAGAAGAGACUAUAGAGGGCCUAGGAUGGAGGCAAAAGUAUACACAGAUGCUGGCAAAGUCAAACCCCGGAGAAAUGAAAAAAAAAACGUCGUUUCUUUUCUUUUUUUAGGUGUUUGAUAGUUAGGUUUUCUCUUUUGUUAUUUCCAUUAUUUUACAUCCUUUGGCUCAGUUAGCUAUGAAAAUAGGCAGAUCAAAAAAUACACAUAAAAGGGUAAAAUUCACACAUGCAGAAUAAAGAAAAACACACAAAACCUGCUUUGUAUUUUGUUAUUGUUGUUGCUGGAAGCAUUUUUCACUUUGCCUUCCUGCCAAAAUAAUAAUCAAAGAACUUGUGCUUUAAACUAUUCCUGUACAAAGACUACUACUUUUGACCAGAUAAUCAUCUUUCAUGGGAUAUAUAUAUUUAUAUAUUGCAGAUUGCUAAUUUUGGAAGGGGCCAGAUGUUAUCAUUCAUGCUGCGCCCUGGGGUCUUAAAAGCAGUGCUUUAGCAGAAUUGGUGAUGGGAUGUGGCAGCCCCAACAGUGGCAGGGCCCCGGGGGCCUUCCCACACGCCAGCCUCCUAUCACAUCUCCAAAGUGACAGACCUGGACACCUCCGGUCAUGUCAUUUGUAGAGUGGGCAGAGCACCAGAGAACUGCAUUAUGUUGGUUGUGGUUUCUUCAAGUCCACACACCAACUCUGCUAACUUUAAGGUUAAUAUCUUUUACUCAGAACUCUGAAUUUCAUGGUAUACUUACUAAACUAAGUAAAAGUGAUACUUAAAACACUUAAUUUACUUUCUAGACCUAGGCUAGAUAUGUUUUAAGCUAUAGCUCUAUAUCCAUUGUGAUAUUUAUAAUUGAAAAGCUACAAAAAUAGAUGUGUGGGUGAAGCCAUAGAACAUAUUUGCUUGAAAUUCUUGAGCAGGGAUCUUAUAAAGGGCCAGAAAUAAGAUGUGUGGUUCACAUAGAUAGUGAGCGUAACAUCUGUAUUAAACGUAGGAAAGAAGUUUAUAAAGGGCAUUGGCAAUAAACUCUUUGUUGCAGCUGUUUUCCAAGUAAUGUAAAUAUUUUUUCCUGUGAUUAUGUAUAGCCUUGGAAUGGCACCUUUUAACUAACCCAUAUGUGUUUGGUUUUCAAUGGUUUUUUAUAUUCAGAUGUAUAUAUGGUGCUCACUUUAGGAUCAGCAGUGUUGACCAUUUAUGCUGCAUAGCUGUAUUAUAGCCUUAUUAGUUGUGUGUGGUUGGUUGACCCUCUGGGUAUACAAAUGUUAGUCUGAGUGGUGUCUUACUCAUUUGUUCACAAGUGAAUGAUUGUGCAUGUGUUGUAUGUCAUAAUAUGUCGUCACAUAAAAGGGAGGGAGUGGAUAACCAUUACGUUAAGAUAAUAUUGGACCAAACUACUUACUUGCUCUAAACGGUUUCUUGUACCCCUUAACCUGUCUUCAAAAGUUGCACAUAGUUACAGUAGUGUAUAAAUUAAAUAUUGUGGAAAAACAGUUAGUCUUGUAUUUUUCUGUAUGUGUGUAUAUAUAAUUAUGUACUUCUGGCAAUUCUAUCUGUAUUUAAAGAUGUGACAAUCUCGACACUGAUUUUAAGAAUAGCCGUGAGAUUGAAUUGAAUUCUAUGAAGUAAGGAUGUGUGUUAAGAGGGUACAGAAUUAUCAACUGAUUUGGUCAGUUGCUUCCAGUGCUGGUUGAUUUUUCUCAUUGUGUAAACAUUGACAGGUAUGUGACAAAUGGGAAAAAAAUCCAAAUAAUAAAGUGACAUAUUGGUGUUCAGCAAUA